AUGUCCAACUUGGUGAAAUUCACUCUCCAUAUUUCAUUUUUUUUACGAGUGCAAGAAGAGUUAACCAAGAUCAUAUCGGUCAUAAACCUUCUUUCGAAUUCCAAUGAGAAGGCCACAGUAGACACAAUUAGCAGCCACUUGUCGAGCGAGGCACCUAGUGCCGAUCGAUUAGUGCAAAUCUUAAAUGAGGCUGUUUCUCGAGGCUCCAUUGUCAAAAACUCCGAGGAUGGGUCUUACCAACCCACCCGCAGCUUACGUCCACACCGGCGCUCCUUCCUCAUCUCCCAGCCCCCUUCUAUUCUGUAUGAUGCCAACACGCCGAGGCGACGCACGGUAUCCAUUCAGCGAGCGCCAAAAAUGCCCAAUGAUGCAUCUGCAUCUACGCGCGGUAUGUCGCAUAUUAUUCCCAUUUGUGGUUUCUGUUCUGGGGAUGAGAAUAACAACCCCAGGAGAGGUGGACCAGAGGAGAUGCUAGCUUGUUGGGGCUGCGGUAGGUCAGCUCACCUAAGUUGUCUAGGACUUUCACCAUCGAUGCUGCCCCGAGUGAAACGGCUACGCUGGUAUUGUGUCGAUUGUAAACGCUGUACUAUUUGCCAUUACUCGAGGUCCAGUUCCUUGGGAGGAGAAAGAACACCAGUAGCAAUUAGUGGUGGUGCUACUGAUAAGGACAGUGAUCUCUUACUCUGCGAUAAUUGCGAUCGUGGAUAUCACCUUUCCUGUGUGGCUCCAGGUCUCACGGAACCUCCUGACGGUGAGUUCUGUUCGCGUCUCGUUUUGUUUCAUAAAGUUAAGUGCUCAGUGUCUCUGAUGAUGAAAACCUCUUGUGAUUGGAAGUUGACUUGUUGGUUGCUUUUUUAUUUUUAUCACAUCUCAUGGGACAAGUUCAACGGAUCCUAUCACUUCGUUUAUAUGUGCGUAGGUGGCCAUCCUACAGUGCUUCCUUUUCUCAGUCUAAUGGGUGCACAAAAGAGCACCGCAAUCUUAGUGUUUGUAUACAACUAUUAUUUUUAUGGUUUGAUGGUCGUCAGCCGCUCUCAAGAUUUUUAA